AUGGCCUCGACUGCGACCAACGGCGACGCCGCCGCCGUGUUGGACGAACUCAAGCCUCCUACCGGUGUUGUUCUGCCGCCUCGCGAGAUUCGUAAUGUUCUCGAAAAGACGGCAGGUUACGUUGCGCGAAACGGUCUCAUCUUUGAGGACAGAAUUCGCGAAAAGGAGCGCUCCAACCCCAAAUUCAGUUUCCUUAACAAUACCGACGCAUACCAUGCAUUCUAUCAGUGGCGCCUUGAUGAGAUCAAGGCCGGCCGCGGCACCGCCAUCGCAGCAGGACGCGCCAACGAAGCAGCAACACCCGUCGAGCAGAAGCCCCAAGGCCCGCCCAAGCCUCCCGAUUUCCAGUUCUCGGCCCGCAUGCCGCGCAUCAAUCAGAAGGAUCUCGAGGUCAUCCGAUUGACCGCCCUAUUUGUCGCGAAGAAUGGUCGCCAGUUUAUGACCCAGCUUGCCCAACGCGAGGCCGGAAACCCCCAGUUCCAAUUCCUCAUUCCGAACCACACGUUCCACAACUUUUUCCAACAUCAGGUCGACCAGUAUACAGCGUUAUUGAGAGCCAGCGGCUUGGGUGGCGAAGGCGGCAAGAUUGAGCAAGAGAGGAUCAACCAUAUCCAGCAAAACAUCGACGACAAGUACCAUGUUCUGAGCCGCGCGAAGCAACGUGCCGAGUACUCAAAGUUCCAGGAAGUUGAGAAGGUAAAGAAAGAGGAGGAAGACGAGAAGAAGAAGCUUGAGUUUGCCCGGAUCGACUGGAACGACUUUGUGGUUGUCGAGACUAUUGUCUUCACAGAUGCCGACGAGUCCGCGAACCUGCCGCCCCCGACGAAUCUUUCCGAACUGCAAUACGCUUCCCUCGAGGAGAGGAACAAGGCAUCAUUAACCAAUCUUCGCAUUGAGGAGGCCAUGCCCGAUGAGGAAACCUCGUACAACGCCUACCCCCAGACCUCUCAGACGUUACCAGUUCACACUGGCUAUGCGCCUCAGCAGCAGCAGCAAUUCCAGGCGCAAGCCCCAGUAGGCUUCCAAGGAUAUCCAGACGGCACACCGCGACGAUCAGCAGAAGAGGAGGAGGAAGAGCGGAGGAUCCAGGAGAGGACAGAGGCACGUGCCCGGGAACAACAAGCACGCGCUGAAGCUCGUGGCGGAACUGCUCCGAUGAAGAUUAAAGAGAACUACGUGCCCCGCGCACUCCAACGAGCGGCCAACAAACAGAGUGUCCAGAUGGCGCUAUGCCCGAACUGCAAGCAGCAAAUUCCCAUGGAUGAGCUGCAGGAUCAUAUGAGGAUUGAACUGCUGGACCCUCAAUGGAAGGACCAAAAGGCAAAGGCAGAAGCUAGAUACUCCACGACCAACUUGUCCACGGCGGAUGUCGCAAAUAACUUGAAGCGACUUGCCAGUCAGAGAAGCGACGUCUUUGACGGCGUCACCGGCCAACCCCUGUCGGAAGAAGAGGCUGCUCGGCGCAAAAAGGCCACGAUUCAUAGUUUCGAUGGUAAUCCUGAUGGUAAGAGCCAGGCUCACAUCAACCACCUGCACAACCUGAAUGUCGAGGAGCAGAUCCGUGCUAUUCACCAGAGAUUUGCGGACAAGAAGUGA